CCUUCUGUGUGUGCACAUGUGUAGUACAUACCUGGGAUCAAAGCUGUCUAUAUAAAGUCCUUGAUUCUGUGUGGGUUCAAACAUAUUUCAAAGCUUCAGGAUUCUGAAAGGUUUCGCUCUGCUUCCUGAAGACCUCAGCACUGUUCCCAUAAGGCCAUGGCUUGCCUUGGAUUCCAGAGGCACAAGGCUCAGCUGGACCUAGCUUCCAGGACCUGGUCCUGCAUGGCCUUGUUUUCUCUUCUUUUCAUUCCUGUCUUCACCAAAGCAAUGCAUGUGGCCCAGCCUGAAGUGGUACUGGCCAGCAACCGGGGUGUUGCCAACUUCAUGUGUGAGUAUGAAUCUUCAGGCAAAGCCACUGAGAUCCGGGUGACAGUGCUGCGGCAGGCCAACAGCCAGGAGACUGAAGUCUGUGCUGCGACAUACAUGGUGGAGGAGGAGUUGACUUUCCUAGACGAUUCCACCUGUGUUGGCACCUCCAGCGGCAACAAAGUGAACCUGACCAUCCAAGGGCUGAGGGCCAAGGACAUGGGGCUCUACAUCUGCAAGGUGGAGCUCAUGUACCCGCCACCAUACUAUGUGGGUGUGGGCAAUGGAACCCAGAUUUAUGUCAUUGACCCAGAACCCUGCCCGGAUUCCGACUUCCUCCUCUGGAUCUUUGCGGCAGUUAGUUCGGGGUUGUUUUUUUACAGCUUUCUCCUCACAGCUGUUUCUUUGAGCAAAAUGCUAAAGAAAAAAAGCCUUCUUACAACAGGGGUCUAUGUGAAAAUGCCCCCAACAGAGCCAGAAUGUGAAAAGCAAUUUCAGCCUUAUUUUAUUCCCAUCAAUUGAGAGACCAUCAUGAAGAAGAAAGACCAUAUUCCAAAUUUUAAGAACUGAGUCAAUU